GAGAAACAUUCAGAGUGUGUGGUUGAAAUAUUCAGAGUCAGUCUUCAACAAACAUUCCGAACGUGUUGUUCUAUCUUCAACGAGCGCGCAUAUUUUUUUAGUUAUUGUACAAAAAAAGUUUACUUUUUUUUAGAAGAGUGUCAUACCCGCUAAAGGCUGUUUUAACUUAAAUUUUCAUAUUAUUUUAAAUAAUUUUUCAUUCCUUUUAAAAAAUAAAAAAUUUUGUAAUUUAAACAUCAACCAUGUCUGCGAAUAGAGCUCCAAAAUCCGGAUUUGCUGCCGAAGCACAGAGAAAAAUCAACUCAAAAUAUAGCGAAGAGCUAGCCGCCGAAUCGCUUGAAUGGAUCAAAGAAAUAACGAGCGAACCAAUCAACACCUCCGGCGAUCCAGACAAUUUCUUCGAAGUGCUAAAAGACGGUGUCUUGCUGUGCAAGCUCAUCAACUGCAUCAAAGCCGGAUCGAUCAAGAAAGUCAACGAAUCGAAAAUGGCAUUCAAGUGCAUGGAAAACAUCACAGCAUUCCUCGACCAUGCCAAGCAGCUCGGUGUACCGCCGCAAGAAACUUUCCAAAGUGUGGAUCUGUGGGAACGACAAAACUUGAAUUCCGUUGUCAUCUGUCUACAAUCACUCGGCCGAAAGGCAAACAAUUUCGGUUUCAAGGCAAUCGGUCCAAAGGAAGCCGAUAAGAACGUUAGAAACUUCAGCGAUGAACAGAUGCGUGCUGGUCAAAACGUUAUCUCUCUGCAGUAUGGAUCAAACAAAGGUGCCACUCAGAGCGGUAUCAAUUUUGGCAAUACGCGACACAUGUGAGCGAUUAAAUGUGCGGUGCCUUUUAAGGAUUUUUUUUUAAAUAUAAAAAUGCUAUACCAGAAGAGUGCACAUGGUACACCUUCCGUAAUUUGCAACAUUCCGAAUAUAUAAAAUUUGUUUUGCUGAAGUUAAAAAAUUUAUCGAAAAAUUUUUAUUAAAAAAAGUUACAAAUUCUA